CUGACACUGACCAUCGUGCGGCAGACGGGGGGGCUGGGCAUCAGCAUCGCGGGGGGCAAGGGCUCCACCCCCUAUAAGGGGGACGAUGAGGGCAUCUUUAUUUCCCGUGUGUCUGAAGAGGGUCCUGCAGCUCGCGCAGGGGUCCGUGUCGGGGACAAGCUCCUGGAGGUGAACGGCGUGUCCCUGCACUGCGCCGAGCAUCACGUGGCCGUGGAAGCGCUGCGGGGGUCGGGAAGCUCCGUCUCCAUGACGGUGCUGCGGGAGCGGAUGGUGGAGCCUGAGAACGCCAUCACAGUCACUCCACUCCGCCCCGAGGACGACUACAGCCCCCGGGAGCGGCGCGGGGGGCUGCGCUUCCCCGAGCGCCCCGAGGGAGCGCCUGCCACCGAGAGAUAUUCCACCUGCCUCAUGCGGAACGAGAAGGGCCUCGGCUUCAGCAUCGCCGGCGGCAAGGGCUCCACUCCCUACCGGGCUGGGGACACGGGGAUCUUCAUCUCCCGGAUCGCAGAGGGUGGUGCAGCCCACCGGGACGGAAUCCUGCACGUCGGAGACCGGGUCAUCUCGAUCAAUGGGGUAGACAUGACAGAAGCCAGGCAUGAUCAGGCCGUAGCGCUGCUUACCGCGGCCUCCCCCACCAUCGUGCUGCUGGUAGAGAGAGAGGGCUCGGAGCAGCCCGGCGAGGGAGACUCGCCUGGCGCGCCCCGCGUGCGCAUGCACUCCCCCCCGCCGCUCCCCGGCCCUGGGGGCAGCCCACCCGAGGAGACGCCCGCGCCGCAGAGGAACCACCUCCCCAAAGGCCUGGAGGAUCAGUACCCCAUCGAGGAAAUCCACCUGGUGAAAGCGGGUGGUCCCCUGGGCCUCAGCAUCGUCGGAGGCAGUGACCAUUCCAGCCAUCCCUUUGGGAUUCAUGAGCCAGGGGUCUUCAUCUCCAAGGUCAUUCCCCGGGGCCUGGCAUCCCGCAGCGGGCUCCGUGUCGGGGACAGGAUCCUGGAGGUGAACGGCAUCGACCUGCGCCAUGCCACCCACCAGGAAGCGGUGAACGCUCUGCUCUCCAACGCCCAGGAACUCACCAUGGUGGUCCGGAGGGACCCGCCUCCGCCUGGUAUGCAGGAAAUAUGUAUUGAAAAGGCUCCAGGAGAGAAGCUGGGCAUCAGCAUCCGGGGUGGAGCCAAGGGCCAUGCUGGCAAUCCGUUUGAUCCCACCGAUGAAGGCAUCUUCAUUUCCAAGGUGAGCUCCUCUGGGGCUGCGGCCCGGGACGGCCGCCUGAAGGUGGGGAUGCGGAUCCUGGAGGUGAAUCACCAGAGCCUGCUGGGAAUGACGCACACGGAAGCGGUGCAGAUCCUCCGAGGGGUGGGCGAUGCGCUCCUCGUGCUGGUGUGCGACGGCUUCGACCCCAAGGCUGCAGCUGCCAUCGAGAUGUCCCCAGGAAUCAUUGCAAACCCUUUUGCUGCUGGCAUUGGGCGCAAGAACAGCCUAGAGAGCAUCUCCUCCAUUGACCGGGAUUUGAGCCCUGAGGAACUGGAGAUCCUGCAGAAGGAGAUGGAAAUGGUGAGAGAAGCAACUCAGUGGGAGAGAGAAGAAAUGGAGAAAGUGGAGCAGAUGCGUAGGGAGCGGGAGGCAGCCACGCAGCAGCUUGAGGAGGAGGUGGAGAGCAUCCCCAGUGAACCCCUGCGCCUGGACUACCGGACCCUGGCAGCACUGCCCAGCAGCGGCCUGCAGAGAGGCAACCGUGCUCCUGUUCAGUGUACUAAGCCCAGCUCCGGCAUGGAGGGUGACUGCACGGUGCUGUCCCUGCCCUCAGCAUGGGACAGCCGGGAAGCGUCCCCGGACCCGGCAGCGGGUGCAACCAGUGGCAGUGUGGCUGGGCCCCCUCAGCACUCCACGUCACCCCAUCAGCAGAGGAGCGGGGCGGAACAACCCCGGGGAGACAAGCAGGACUCCUCAGGGCGUCCCUUGUCCCAGGAGCAGCUUCCAGAAACGCCAGAGCCGGAGUGCCUGAUCGACUCACAGCCCAUCCCCUUCAGUGAGAACCCCUUUGUGGUGGCCAACCGCAGGGGCAAGGCUGCGGGCACAGCCGGCCUGGGAGGGCCUCCCCUGGGCUAUGGCAGCGGGGGCGUGCUGAAGACCAGCCUGUACUCCAAGGCUCCUGUGGGCGAGUCUGGGACAGGAAAUUCCAGGCGUGAAACCCCCUAUUCUCCCAGUAAUCUGCAGGCUUCCAUUAACUUCAUUACGUCGCAGGAUGACAAUAAAUCAACCAAGCCUGGCGUCAUUCAGCCUCUGUCCCGCGUGCGACAAAGCGCUGCCUCGCACACUGCGGAGGAGGGGGACAGCCCCAACCCCUUCCAGCAGCCCGAGCCAUGCUUCAGGAUCCACAACUCUCAAAAGCCACCGUCGCCACCCUCCCCUGACGAGGUCCCCAUCAAUGUCAAGCAGGCCUACAAGACCUUCGCAGCAGUGCCCCUGUCCCACCCGCUGCUCGGGACGCAGGAACUGUCUGGUCAGAGCAGCACAGAGAACCCCAAAAUGGCCUCGGAGGUGGCUGGUCACAGGCCAGGGGGACAGCACAGCCCCGAGCAAAGGUCCUUCCGGGAGAGGCAGAAGUAUUUUGAGAUCGAAGUGAAGCAGCAGCACCUGGACAAGCCUCCUAAGCGUGUGUCCUUGGUGGGGGAGGACGACCUGAAGAAAAUGAAAGAGGAGGAAGCCCGCAAGCUGCAGCAGCAGCGAGCCCUUCUGUUGGAGGAGGAAGCUGAGGAGGAGGAGGAGGUGAGGCAGGUGCCUGAGGCCGUGCAGUCCAGUGUCAUCAUCGAGGGUGUCGAGUACAAGGUCGAGAGGCUGAACGGAAGGAGCAUCCAGGCUCCAGCAGCUCGGCCCUCAGAGCUCAGUGAGAACAGCAGCUUGCAGAGGAAUUCUCUGGAAGAGGGGAUCAAACCUGAGCAGGGAACCAACUCCAUGUCAGGGCUGAGCCCGUCGUUCCCGGGGGAUCCCGGGGCUCCGGUGCGGACGGCCAAGGCCGAGCGGCGGCACCAGGAGCGGCUGCGGAUGCAGAGCCCGGAGCUGCUGAGCGGGCAGGAGAAGGAGAAGGAGCUGUCUCCAGCGGAGCGCCGGGCUCUGGAGGCCGAGAAACGAGCCAUGUGGAGGGCAGCACGAUCCUCAGCUCUUGAAGACAGUAUUAAACAGUACGAGCAGGAUCUGGCCAGGAAGCUGUACCAGUCCCGGCAGUGGGCACCUGCUACCGGGGCCAGGCCAGCUCAGAUGUCUAGCCCAGUGCAGAGUCACGCCUCAAGAAUCCCUGGGUCAGGAGGCCAAUCCAGGAUGAAAUCACUGGAACAGGAUGCUCUGAAAGCCCAAAUGGUUAUUGCCAAGUCCAAGGAGGGGAAGAAACGCAGCACACUGGAGCAGCUGGCAGAGUCGCCAUCGCCCGCCCCGACGCCGUCCCCAACACCGCUGGAAGAUUGCAGCCCCAGGAACGUCACUUCCCCGGGAAGGCUGUCCAUGUCUGAAAAGAAGUUUGACUACCGGGAAUUUGCUGCUAUUCCUUCCUCCAAACCUGUUUACGAAAUCCAGUCGCCCGAUGCAGCUGAUGACCUCAGAUACGUCGACGACCGAAAUAAUUCAGUUCCCCGGGAGCAGGAUGGGCAGCCAGAGGAAGAGGACACGUUAGGACCACGGGAUCCAUCAGCACCAACUCCCUCAGCCCUGGAGGACAUGGCCCUGUACAGCAGCAAGCGCAAGCUCCGACACAGCCGGCGCAGUUUGGAGACCGCUGUCCCCACGUAGGUGACCCGACACACCUGGGCGAUGGACGAGCCCGGCACAGCCCUCCUGAGCUUCCUGUGCUCCAGGGACAGCACCGGGCUGCCACCCUGCCGCCUCCAGACUCUGGAUGGGACCUGAACAGCCUGGGAGCUCUGCGGCCAACUGACUCCUCCGAGGCUGUUGAACCACCCUCGUUUCUCACCCAACAGCGCACUGGGGCACGUCCCGAAAAUGGGACAACACUGGACUGACUGCUGGCAGAUGGAGAGGAGGGGUGGGCAGGACAGUGGGCAGCUCGUUAGCCUGUAUAUAUUGUGUGUGGGGAAGGGUAGGACAGGGAGAACGUAGGAGUGUGAGUGUGUUGGGCUCCAGCUGUUACUGCCUCAACUCGGUUUUUGUAGUGGUUAAAAGGAGCUUUUCCUCUGGUGGGAAUCGGGAGGAAGGUCCAGCCUGCCUUUACUCCUAUUUAAUUUUCAGUCUUUUGCCAAAAAGCAUCUCCUCCCACCUCCUGCACUGUGUCACCUCACUUCCCUCCUUUGGGAGUGUGUGGGAAUGGGAAGCUUGGAGGCAAAAAAACAAAAAAAAAAGGUAAUAAAAAGGAAAAAAAAAAAAAACCUGCAGAAUUCCAGCAAAGUGCCUCCCUCUGCCACUGACACUGUGCUCAAGGAACAUGCCAGAGCCUGGGCCAGCUCUGUGCCACCUGCCUCUGUCCUGGUGGGACGCUGCUCCUGCUGGGACCCUGUGCAGUCCUGGGGACAGGUCCUUCCCUGGAUGGACACGUCGCCGUGUGUCACGUGGCGUGGGCAGCUCCGCGAGCACACGCGUGUCAGAGGAGGCCAGGCUCUGUCUUCUGUAGCACUGGGGCUGAACUGGUGGACUGGGGCAGGAAUGGGACAGAACCGACAGCUGUAGCAGGGGUUUAGGGUGCGUGUGACAGCAACGGGGAGCGGGAUAGUUGAGGUAGGACACGGUGGCAGAGGUGGGAGGUGUGACUGCAGUACCUUAGUGGGUUAGGAUUCAGAAACUCGGAAUGGGUAGGACGUGGCGUUGCUGGGGUCAGAUUGAGAAUUACAGGGUCUUACAGGUAGGAAUACUGGUGGGGAGUCCACAGUGUCCAUGGCUGGCUGUGAGGUGGAGGAGGGUGGCACGGGAGGCCGUGGGGCUGGCAGGGAGCACUGGGAGCACCACGGAGCAGGACGGGGCUGGCCUGUGCCUUGCAAUAACUACACCGUUCCACUUUGCCAGCUCGUUGGCUUCAGGCCCCUUUCCGUGGAGAACAGGGACAAGGAAUGUUUGCCCAAGCGAGAGGGGAAAAGGAAAAGGAAAAAUGAGCAGGGGUGUGAGUCCUUGGGUGUGAGUUCUGGUUUCCACACGUGGAACAAGGGCUGCAAGCAGGUUCUGUGUCACGUGAGCUCUGCAGAUGUGGAGGUCACAGCUGCUGCUCCCAGCUCUGCCAUCAACCUCUGCUGCCACUACUGAGGGGAAACAGCCCCCUUUCUUUUUUUUUUUUUUUUUCCACUGCCUCUAACUGGGAGGAAGGUCCAAGCUCGGCCUGAUCCCACUCCCCGUCCAUUGGUGCUUUCUGACUCCCCAGCAAGACCAGGGUUGCACCUUGAGCCUCACAGUGGCUGGGCAGCAACAGGCACAUCUGCUUGUACAUUUGCUGAAGGAAAGAAACGGAUGCAGUUUUCUGGGUGCAAGUUUUUUGUUGAGCCUCUCCCUUCAUGCCAAAAUCCAGUGGAUCAUUUUAACUGGCCCUGUAUGCUUCGAUUUUACAGAUCUGUGAAGGGGGAACUCUGAUAAUCUCUCAUUGCAGCCGUGGCUGCUUCCAUCAUCAGCAAUUUGAGCUUUUUCCUUUUUAAAUCUAAUUUUAGCAUUUGCUUUUUAACAACAGCAGUUUUGGAAACAGUCCUGGCUGGGUUUUGGUGACUAACUUGUGAUUCUUCUCUCCUUUCCCUGUGCGGUACCUGGUGCCAGGCUCUGGGUUCUUUCCCGUUCUCUUCUGAGAGACUCUGAGGGAAAAUUAGCGCAUCAAGACUGUAACUAGUGAAAUUUGUACAACCAAAGAAAUCUAUUUUGUGGUUCAAGGAUAAUAAAGUUUACUUUACAUUUUAGA